CCGCCGUUGCCGCUGCAGCCGCCGGAGCUCUGUAGUAUGGCAUCGAGGAGAAUGGAGACCAAACCUGUGAUAACCUGUCUCAAAACCCUCCUCAUCAUCUACUCCUUCGUCUUCUGGAUCACUGGCGUGAUCCUCCUGGCUGUUGGAGUCUGGGGCAAACUCACUCUGGGCACCUACAUCUCCCUGAUUGCUGAGAACUCCACAAAUGCUCCUUACGUGCUCAUCGGGACCGGCACCACUAUUGUGGUGUUUGGCCUAUUCGGAUGCUUUGCGACGUGCCGUGGUAGUCCGUGGAUGCUGAAGCUGUAUGCCAUGUUCCUGUCCCUGGUGUUCCUGGCUGAGCUGGUAGCUGGCAUUUCAGGGUUUGUGUUUCGCCAUGAGAUCAAGGACACCUUCCUAAGGACUUACACGGACGCCAUGCAGAAUUACAAUGGCAACGAUGAGAGGAGCCGGGCGGUGGAUCACGUGCAGCGCAGCCUGAGCUGCUGUGGGGUGCAGAACUACACCAACUGGAGCACCAGCCCCUACUUCCUGGAUCGCGGCAUCCCCCUGAGCUGCUGCAUGAACGAAACCGACUGCAAUUCCCAGGAUCUACACAACCUGACUGUGGCCGCCACCAAAGUCAACCAGAAGGGUUGUUAUGAUCUGGUGACCAGUUUCAUGGAGACCAACAUGGGGAUCAUCGCUGGAGUGGCUUUCGGAAUCGCAUUCUCCCAGCUGAUUGGCAUGCUGCUGGCCUGCUGUCUGUCCCGGUUCAUCACGGCCAACCAGUAUGAGAUGGUGUAAGAAGUCUUUCAAGAACGAGGGCCUAAGAGACCUGUUUUAAAAAAGAACCACAGCAAUCUUUGAAAGACUUGCAAAGGAUGUCAGAGCACAGUACAUAACACGCCCCUCCGCGCUCCCUAACCCCCCACCCAGCGUGCAACUGACCCGCCCACACAGUCUCUGCUCCACCUUCCAGCCCGCAUCACGUGUAGCGUUCCAUUUUGUGAAGCCCUGUGUGCCAGAGUGUAGCCAGGUUCCCUGCAUCCGGUCCUAGUGGACCCCACCUGAGGCCCCCGUGCGCACCAGCUCCUCCAUCUGUACUUGGUCCAACUGCAGCUCAUUGUAGGUGGCUGGUUACCCCACCAUCACUGGCCCUGCUGGGCCCUGCAUGUAGUGUGGAAGGCUCGUACUAGCCCUUCAGCAAAAUCCUUAAAUGCCACACCCCUUGAUGUAGAUAAGUAGAUAACUAUCUGUUCUUUUGGCUUAACCUCCUUUGGUUUGAUUUUCCCUUUACUAAGGCUCUUACUACCUUCUUCAGGCUGCCUAGGCUACGUAAAGAGACACAUCAGUAAUUGUCCAUGCGGAGGAAAAAAGCAUGCGUCAUGCAUGAAGGGAAUUGGGCGUUAGGUGGCCGCCUCCUUGUUCACUAUUGUUACAUGCCCGGGUAUGUGUAGGCAGUUUAGUGCACCUAUGCCUCUCAGUUGAAACCUUUAUAAUUCUGUUACCGAGCCGUCUUGUUACUUCCUGUGAAGGAAAUAAUAUUACUUCUGUUUCUCCCCAGUUAAUUGCUCUUGUGUUAUUUUACUUCCUUCUGUAUUUUUUCUUUGCAUUGACAUUACAAACAUCGAGGACCUCAUUGAAUCAAUUUAAAAAUAAGUGUGAAGGGGGAACAAAAGUCAAAAUAUUUUUAGAAGACCUUCAGAAACAAUGCCUCUAUCUAGCAUGCCAACAAGAAUGCAUUGAUAUUGUGAAACAUUUGUGAUACAUGUAUUAAUAAAUAGAAUCACUACAA